AUGGCUGUCACCAUGCAUGAUUCUGUCCUGGACAGCAACAAGGCCAACAUGACCGGUUUCAAGGCCGAGGUCGUCGUUAAGAAGCUGGAAUGCCCUUCCCCAAAGCCUCCGGUUGACGACAACUUUAUGUAUGACUUCAAAUAUAAUCAUGUCUUACCAACUUCAGACGUUCUGGGGAUCGAAACUCCCAUGGACUGCGACGCCCAAAGGGAGGCCGAAGACAUCGCGGCGCGGCUGUCGCAGGCAAUGGGAGCUCGGGAUGCUCAGACAUUUGCUGAGAUGUUCCUUCCAUACGCAAUCCUCAAGGCUGCCACGGACCUUUUCACUCAAACGAAAGCCACCAAUUUCAAGUUCCUCACCCCGGCUCCCACGAUUUCCCGGCCCUAUCCGGACUUUGCUCAACUGCAAUUAGUUGUGUCCUUUGAGACUGAAGUCGUGGUUUCUUCAGCCGUGAUCAAUGCAGUCUUCACCCAGGAGGGGUGGAAGAUUUACACAAUGCACACCGUUGCAGAGAAGCUGAAACAGUUUCCCGAACUUCCUCCACCCGACGGGCAUAUGACGGGUCCCGUUAGCUGGGAAAAGCAAAGAACUGCGGAAAUCGAUGCUGCCAACCCUGAGAUACUGAUCAUUGGUGGCGGCCAGAAUGGUCUCGCACUAGCCGCCAGAUGCAAGGCACUUGGUAUGGAUAGUCUCAUAAUCGAGCGCAGCGAAGAAAUCGGCGAUGUCUGGAAGAAGCGUUAUGAGUACCUAUCACUUCACUUCCCCCACUGGGCUGAUGAUUUGCCUUACUUUCCAUACCCCAAGCUUUGGCCCACGUACACACCCGCCCAGAAGCAAGGAAUGUACAUGAAGUGGUAUGCGGAGGCCCUGGAAUUGAAUGUUUGGACCAAAUCGGAGGUCGUGAAGGCAGAGCAAGACGACCAGCAUAACUGGACGGUCGUGAUCAACAAAGAAGGUCAAGAAACCAGACAACUGCACCCCAAACAGGUCAUCAUGGCUACCUCCCUUUGCGGCGUCCCCAUGACCCCAGAAAUUCCUGGUAUGGCCGAUUUCAAGGCAGGUGUUAUCCGCCACUCAACGGCCCACGACAGUGCGCGUGAAUUUGUGGGUAAGAAGGUCUGUGUCGUUGGUACCUCAUCCUCUGGCUUCGAUACGGCCUUCGAUUGCUCCCGCCGGGGCAUCGAUGUUACACUCCUUCAACGGUCCCCGACCUACAUCAUGUCGCUGACCCACUCCGUCCCGCGCACGAUCGGUAACUAUGGUCCUGACGCCGAAGGCAACCGGCCUAGCCAUGAGGAACAAGACCGCCUUUUCUUUGCCACACCUACUGGACCUGGGGAAGAGCUCGCCAGACGUAAUGCCAAGGUGUUGGAAGACCUUGACCGGCCUCUUCUGGAUGCACUUCAUGCUCGCGGUCUCCGGACCUGGCGUGGUCAGCGCGGCACGGGCGGUUCCACCCUCGGCCAGACCCGGAACGGUGGCUUUUAUUUCGAUGCCGGUGCGUGUGAGCACAUCAUCAAUGGCAAGAUCAAGGUAGAGCCAGGGUACAUUGAGCGGUUCACGGAGGACAAGGUAAUCCUCAACGAUGGGCGUGAGCGCCAAUUCGACCUGAUCGUCUUCGCUACCGGCUUCUCCAACACGAUUGACUCGGUCCGUGCCACUCUAGGUGACAGGAUCGCCGACCAAUGCGGUCCUAUCUGGGGUAUUGAUGAGGAGGGCGAGUUCAAAACCGCGUACCGGGAGACUGGAGUGCCCAAUCUCUGGCUCAUGGUCGGCUAUCUCCCCUACACCCGCUUCCAUUCCAAACUGCUUGCUAUGCGUAUAAAGGCUCUGAUGGAAGGUAUAUCUCCGGCUCCAUACAAGGACUAG